AUGUCUCUCUUCCGCACCAUGCCCACUGGCGGCGACUUCGCCCCUCUCUUCCGUCUCCUCGAUGACUACGAUGUCCACCGCUCCGGAAAAGGCCAAACCACGCCGGUGCGCUCCUUCUCGCCUCGCUUUGAUGUCCGCGAAUCGCAAGACGCAUACCUCCUAGAUGGCGAGCUGCCAGGAAUCGCCCAGAAGGACAUCGAGAUCGAGUUCUCCGACCACCAGACUCUAGUGGUCAAGGGCCGCACCGAACGCCAGUACCACAGCGAGCCCUCCGAUCAAGAAAGCAACCCGAGCGACACCGACGAUAACGCCCAGGCCGGCGAGAAGCGUGUCAAGAAGUCGAACCACCGCUUCUGGGUGAGCGAGCGCUCGGUCGGUGAAUUCCACCGCAGCUUCAAUUUCCCGAACCGCGUGGAUCAGGACAACGUCAAAGCCAGUCUAAAGCAUGGCGUGCUGUCUAUUGUUGUGCCCAAGGCGACUACUUCGGGUUCGAAGAAGAUUACUAUCGAGUAA